AUGGUCAGAGAAACCAAGUUCUACGACCUUUUGGGCGUGGCUGUGGACGCUAACGACACCCAGAUCAAAAAAGCUUACAGAAAACAGGCGUUGAAAUACCACCCGGACAAAAAUCCAAGUGCAGAAGCCGCAGAAAAGUUCAAAGAGCUCACAGUGGCCUACGAAGUGCUCAGCGACUCAGAAAAACGUAAUAUCUAUGACCAGGUCGGAGAAGAAGGCCUGAGCGGCGGAGGAGCCGGUGCUGGAGGCUUCGGGGGCUUCGGAGGCUUCGGAGACGACAUCUUCUCGCAGUUUUUCGGUGGCGGCGGUGGAGCGUCCAGACCAAGAGGACCACAAAAGGGCAAAGACAUCAGACACGAAAUGGCAGCGUCCUUGGAAGAACUGUACAAGGGCAGAACCGCAAAACUCGCGCUUAACAAACAGGUUUUGUGUAAGACGUGUAACGGACGCGGAGGCAAAGAGGGCGCCGUCAAGAAGUGUGUUUCGUGCAACGGGCAAGGUAUGAAGUUCGUGACCAGACAGAUGGGCCCUAUGAUCCAGAGAUUCCAAGUGGAGUGUGACGCGUGUCAAGGUACCGGUACCAUCAUCGACCCCAAGGACCGCUGUAAGACCUGUAACGCCAAAAAGGUUAUGAACGAAAGAAAGAUCUUGGAAGUGCACAUCGAGCCGGGCAUGAAGGACGGCCAAAAAAUCGUUUUCCAGGGCGAGGCCGACCAGGCCCCAGACAUCAUCCCCGGAGACGUUGUGUUCCAGAUCACCCAGAGACCCCACAAACACUUUGAAAGAAAGGGCGAUAACCUACACUACCAGGCUGAAAUCGAUCUACUGACCGCUGUGGCCGGUGGUGAGUUUGCCGUCGAGCACGUUUCUGGCGAAUGGCUCAAAGUCGGCAUCGUCCCAGGUGAGGUCAUCUCGCCAGGUAUGGUCAAAGUCAUCGAGGGCAAAGGUAUGCCUGUUCAGAAAUACGGUGGUUACGGUAACUUGAUCAUCACUUUCAAGAUAAAUUUCCCACCAAGCCACUUCGCCGACGAGGAAACAUUGAAGAAAUUAGAGCAAAUCUUGCCUCCAAGAAACAUCCCAAGCUUCCCCAAGAGCGCGGAAGUGGAAGAGUGCGUCCUAAGUGAUUUCGACCCAUCCAAGCAUUCCGGCUCCCAAUCCUACGGCAGAGGCGCCAACUACGAUUCUGACGAAGAGGAAAGAGGUGGAGCCGAAGGCGUCCAGUGUGCAUCGCAGUAA